UCAAUUGCAGUCGAGCCGGGACGACGAAGCAGCAGUAGCUAAGAAGUUUAGCCGAGAAGCGAAAAUGGAGGACGAUGCGGAAAUAUACGAUGGGAUCAGAGCCCAGUUCCCUAUGACAUUCGGCAAGCAAUCCAAGCCUCAAACCUCUCUCGAAGCCAUUCACAGCGCCACUCGUCGCACCGCCACCGCGAACCUUCCAGAAAACCUACCCCCAUCCUCUUCCUCCUCCGCCAACCAGGCCAAAGACCUCCCUUCUAUUUCCUCCUCCUCUAAAGUCUGGCUCACCUCCCUCCGUAGCUCCAAAUCCGCCAAUCCUAACCCUGAAUUUUCGAGCAACGGAGGGUCCGCAACCGACGAAGCUGGAUUAGUUGGGCCACCUCGGCCUCCGGUGUAUCCGAAUUCGGAUGAGGAUGAGGAUGGAGGCGUGAUGAUUGGCCCGCCAAGGCCGCCGCCGGCCCAAUCAGGUUCCGACGAUGAGGAGGAGGAGAUGAUUGGACCGCCGAGACCGCCUCCUGGACUGAAUGUGGGCGAUUUAGGUUCGGACGAAGAAGAGGAGGAGGAGAAUCGGUACCGGAUUCCGCUAAGUAAUGAGAUUGUUCUCAAGGGACACACCAAGGUUGUUUCAGCUCUUGCAGUUGACCACUCUGGCUCUAGGGUUCUUUCCGGCAGUUAUGACUAUACAGUACAUAUGUAUGAUUUUCAAGGAAUGAAUUCUCGUCUGGCUUCAUUUAGACAGCUUGAACCAUCUGAAGGCCAUCAAGUUCGUAAUCUUAGCUGGAGUCCGACAGCAGAUCGUUUCUUGUGUGUGACUGGCUCAGCUCAAGCCAAGAUUUAUGACAGGGAUGGACUUACUCUAGGUGAGUUCGUUAAGGGGGAUAUGUACAUUCGUGAUCUGAAGAACACCAAGGGCCACAUAUCUGGGUUGACUUGGGGAGAGUGGCACCCUAAAAAUAAGGAGACAAUACUAUCGUCGUCAGAGGAUGGAUCACUUCGUAUAUGGGAUGUAAAUGACUUCAAAAGUCAGAAGCAGGUCAUAAAACCAAAACUUGCAAGGCCUGGAAGGGUGCCAGUUACCACAUGCACUUGGGAUAGUGAAGGAAAAUGCAUUGCUGGUGGCAUAGCAGAUGGUUCUAUACAGAUAUGGAAUCUUAAGCCUGGAUGGGGAAGCAGGCCAGACAUAUAUGUUGAAAACAGUCAUUCAGAUGAUAUUACUGGUCUUAAGUUCUCUAGCGACGGGCGACUUCUACUGUCAAGAAGCUUUGAUGGUUCACUGAAGGUUUGGGAUUUACGCCAAAUUAAAGUGCCGGUUAAGGUGUUUGAGGAUCUCCCGAACCACUAUGCUCAAACUAAUAUUGCAUUCAGUCCAGAUGAGCAACUAUUCCUAACUGGAACAUCUGUUGAAAGGGAGAGCACAACUGGAGGUUUGCUAUGCCUUUAUGAUCGAGCCAAACUUGAGCUUGUUUCAAGGGUUGGGAUAUCCCCUACUUGUAGUGUUGUGCAGUGUACUUGGCACCCAAAGCUAAAUCAGAUCUUUGCAACGUCUGGGAACAAAAGCCAAGGAGGAACUCACGUAUUAUAUGAUCCAACCCUCAGUGAGAGGGGGGCUCUUGUGUGUGUUGCUCGGGCUCCAAGGAAAAAAUCUGUCGAUGAUUUUGAGGCAAAACCUGUUAUUCACAACCCUCAUGCUCUUCCUUUAUUUAGAGAUCAGCCAAGUCGAAAGCGCCUUCGAGAGAAAGAAUUGAAGGACCCGAUGAAGUCCCACAAGCCUGAACUCCCUGUAACAGGACCAGGCUUUGGUGGAAGGGUUGGCGUAAGUGCAGGCAGCUUAUUGACCCAAUACCUUCUUAAGCAAGGGGGUAUGAUCAAGGAGACAUGGAUGGAGGAAGAUCCAAGAGAAGCUAUACUAAAGCACGCGGAUGCUGCAGAAAAAGAUCCCAAGUAUAUUGCUCCAGCAUAUGCACAAACCCAGCCUGAGCCUGUUUUUGCAAAGUCAGACUCUGAGGAUGAUGAGAAAUGAGCUGAUCGUGGUUCUUGAUAGCCGCUGCUACCACCAGGGGAAGGCUGCCACCAAAGGAACUAUGGCCGGCUGGGGUGGAAAAUGUGAGAGCCCUAUAGCCUUGCACCUUCAACCCCCUACUGUUUCAUUGAAAUGUUUUCGCAGCCAUGGAAGGUGCUUUAAAUCUGCUCGCAUCGGGGAGCCAUGCCACUUUCCUUCAACCAUGCUGGAUCCGGGAUCCCUAUAAUCUGGGAUCAAAUUCUCGAUCGAGAAAUGAGAAUCUGGUAGUUGGUCAAAGCGGACUUGACAGUAUUUGCUUCAAAUAGUAUUAGUGAGUGAUAAAAUAGAAUAACAAGAUUUUGCUGGAGCUUUCUUGAAGAAACAACAUAACACUGGGCAUGUACAAUUAUUUUUGUAGCGAUUAUUCUCUUCUAUUUUCAGUGAACUCUCCAUCUUUUUUUAAGGUUUCUUGACUAACUAAA